CAUGUGUGGCAGUGUGGUUCGUGUAUAUUGCUAGGGUUUUCAAUUGGUGGAUCACAGACCAACUUCCUACUCACACGACAUCAAUUCUCGUCCACGUGAGUGUAAUUCCCGACCUGUGUUUUAAAUUCGUCUUCUUUUUGGUUGUAUUUUAUUAGAAGAAGAAGAAUCUUGUUCCAGAUUACCUCAGUAUCAUCAUAAGCCAUGCGUGAAUGUAUCAAUAUCCAUGUCGGUCAGGCCGGAUGUCAGAUGGGCAACUCGUGUUGGGAGUUGUACUGUUUAGAACAUGGCAUACAUGCUGAUGGACAGAUGCCAACGGAUACGACUGUUGGCAAGGAAGACGAUUCCUUUAAUACGUUCUUCAGUGAAACUGGUAACGGUAAACAUGUACCGAGGGCCAUUUUUGUUGACUUGGAGCCAACUGUAGUAGAUGAAAUUCGAACUGGGGUAUACCGACGACUCUUUCAUCCCGAGCAAAUGAUAACCGGUAAAGAAGAUGCUGCCAACAAUUACGCUCGGGGUCAUUACACCGUCGGUAAAGAGGUCAUCGACCUUGUUCUUGACAGAGUCAGAAAAUUGGCUGAUCAGUGUACUGGUCUUCAGGGUUUCCUAAUCUUUCACAGUUUUGGUGGGGGAACUGGUUCUGGGUUUACGUCCCUGCUUUUGGAGAGGCUGAGCGUCGAUUAUGGAAAAAAAUCGAAAUUAGAGUUCUCCAUCUACCCAGCUCCCAGGAUAUCAACUGCCGUUGUCGAGCCUUACAAUUCUAUUUUAGCCACGCAUACAACUCUCGAACAUUCCGACGUCGCCUUCAUGGUGGACAACGAAGCCAUUUACGACAUCUGUCGACGCAAUUUGGACAUAGAGCGACCAACGUACACCAAUCUAAAUCGCUUGAUUGGUCAGAUUGUCAGCUCUAUUACUGCUUCUCUCAGAUUCGAUGGCGCCUUAAAUGUAGAUCUGACCGAGUUUCAGACUAAUUUGGUACCUUAUCCACGUAUUCAUUUCCCCAUGGCUUCCUACGCGCCAAUUAUUUCUGUCGAGAAAGCCCACCACGAGCAGCAUUCAAUAGCAGACCUCACUAAUGCAUGCUUUGAACCCCAUAACCAGAUGGUAAAAUGCGAUCCAACUCGUGGAAAAUACAUGGCUUGUUGCCUUCUUUAUCGAGGUGAUGUUGUUCCCAAGGACAUCAAUGCGGCCAUUGCUGCCAUCAAGACCAAAAAGUCUAUCCAGUUUGUGGACUGGUGUCCAACUGGUUUCAAAGUCGGUAUCAACUACCAGCCACCAACUGUUGUACCAGGCGGUGAUGUUGCUAAAUUAACUAGAGCAGUCUGUAUGUUGAGUAACAACACGGCUGUCGUCGAGGCCUGGGCUCGUUUAGAUCAUAAAUUUGACCUGAUGUAUGCUAAGAGAGCUUUCGUCCACUGGUAUGUUGGUGAAGGCAUGGAAGAGGGUGAAUUCUCUGAAGCUAGAGAAGAUUUAGCUGCCCUGGAGAAGGACUACGAGGAAGUUGCUGUCGAGGGUUUUGAUGAUGACGAAAAUGACAAAGAUGGCGAAGGAAAAGACUUUUAAACAGUGGCUGAUGUUUUUAUGGAGACCAUUGUAAGGUGCUGUGUAUUCUCUUUUUUUCACGUAAUGAUAGGAUUGGAAACUAUACGCGAUCUCCUAAAAAUGACUGUGGUUUUAAUAGUUGUGAUUUAAAGGAGAAUUUACUCCACAUGAAUACAACAGAUAUAAAUAAAGGACAGUGUUAUCAGCCAAGGGACAGAUUUUUAAUCUUUUGUUAAUGGAUAUAAUUGUUCGACUGUUGAAAUAUUUGAGAUUGAAGGGAGAUAACCAACUCGGUUUAUGACUAUAAAUUGAAACUUUUUAACAGUAUCACAAAGUUGCUGAUCGACUUCCAUAUUAUGACAUAUAUUCCAAGAGUCUUAGACCGUUCCGUUCGGACCCGUUGAAUUUACACCCGGGGCGUAUCUGUUCGGUAUGCCGAUUACACGUUUCUCUUCCCGACGGCCCGGCAUACUGGGAAUUAUAACUCAGAUUUAAAAUACCAUAUGGAUGUCUUUAUUGGAAUAUACAGGAGAGCAAAUUGAUUUCCGGAAUUAUUAAAAGCCUGGGACCAUUGUCUGUUUUUCCUGUGGAGUAAAUUUUCCUCAAAUACAUUUCAGAUCGUUUAAUGAAUAUUCCUUCCUUAAAAUCGUACACUUUGUCUUUCCAUUGUUGCCAUAGCGAUAUCAUAUGUGAUAUUAUUGCCGCCAAAAGUAUUGCUUUUACUCCAGUAUUUAGAAAUGCUGCCUUGUCUGUUUAUAUUUGUUACCUGGGCCCUUAUUCACCAACACUUAAACUAAAAUAUUUUAAGAAAUCAGUCUUUUCAUUUGCUGAGAGUAUAAAUUUCUGCUAGGAUUUUAACCUCCAAUGAAUGAAAAGGUCACAACCUUAAAAUAUCUCUGAAAAGUUUUAAUGAAUGAGAUCUCUGUACUUUAAUUACUUCUAUUUGCUCACCUCGCGCUGUCUUCCUAGCUUUCAAAAGACCGUAAUGCGAUUUUUACCAUUUUUUUUUUCAAGAAUUGCCCCGGUCGUAAUAAUAUAUAGUUUUUAAAAUGAUUUUUAGAAUUUAUUUCAAUAUUUUUUCACCAAUGUAGCAAAUGAGUUCUUUGAAACGCAUUCAGUAUUAAUACUGAGUGUCGUUUCUAUUUUGUAGAUUUUCCUAAUAUAUAAUUUUAAUUCACUUUAUUUUGUUUUCAUUUAGUUAACACAUUAGCUCGUUGGGAGGCAUUUAGGAAGUGAAUUCUAUUGUAGAGUUCCAGAGGCAAGAAAUGUAUAUACCCCCUACUGGCUAUUAGAUGACAGUCUACAUUAUUGGUAUUAGUCAAUAAGAAGACUUGUUCAAAUAAUAGUUUUAUUUAUUAAUAUUUUCAACUUAUUAACUUUAUUAAUUGAAUUCAAAUUUUUGUUAACUGAUACCGAUAACUAUAAUAAGUUAGAGCAAUUUAGUGUUUUGAUAGAGCAAUAAACUAUAACACAUAUAUUUAUAGGUGAACAAUUACUAACUUAUAUAGUCGGCGUUUGUUAGAAUUUGUUCUCAAUGUUUUCAAGCAAGUUCAGUAAAAUAUGUGAACGACAUAGUAUAUCAUGAUGUAAGAAAAACCUGAUCCAAGAUUUCAAUACAGGAAUAAAAUUAGAAGUCAUUCAUUCGUCACCCUAAUAACUAGUACAACAUACAGGUAAAUAAAAUUUACAUAUCAGGCCCUAACUGUAAUGGUUAUAACCCCUUAACCCCCCCCCCCCCCCCCGCCCUCUCUCUCAUUUAUAAUGGUAAAGAUGUAACCUUAUUUAGUAUAUAACACGCAUUUACACAAGAUAUAGUACAUAUAUUUUAGGCAACGUCAUAUAAGAUUAUGUAACCUUAUUUAGUAUAUAACACGCAUUUCCUCAAGAUAUAAUACAUUAGUAGGCUUCAUUGAAACGACAACGUCAUAUAAGAUUAUGUAAUAAUGCAAUGUUAUAUUGAUGUGAUAUUUAUCAAACUAAAUUAAUUGUGACAUUUGAACAAUGCUAGGACCGACUGUAGAAUAAUUUAACCAACAUGUAUACACCUGCCAUAACAAUAUUUUUAGUGGUGUGCAAAGAUUUGGUGAUGCCUUUGUCCAAAUGCUGGAUUGUAUACGCCCCCCAAGACGCACGUAUAUACCCUAGUACUGAGAAAUGGGCGAAAGAGAGACAUUUUAAAUAUGUGAAGACAGAUGAAAUAAACCUUUUGUUUAAAUUAAGUAAGACAACGCGUACAGCGAUAAUUUCAAAUUUUAUAAAAGAUCAUUUUAAUUUCGCUCAUUGAUUGAAUUUGCCCUCUGCUCCCCUAUUGGCACGCCCAGAUAGAGAGAGAGAGAGAGAGAGAGAGAGAGAGAGAGAGAGAUGGUGCUUAAAGUCCACUCGACACAAACCAGGUCAUUUUGGGACAAAUGGUUCAAUUCUAUUUCAAUAAUUAGCUUGCGCAUAGGGGUCUUUAGCAGUGGCAGGAAACUGGAGUACCCGGAGAAAACCCACGAGGUUGGACAGACGACCCUACUUCUUGUCACGUACAAGGGGGAAUGGAAACCACGCCAGUUGACUCAAUGACAGACCGUAUGGUACAGCGAGCACGCGUUAACCAUUCUUGCCACCCAACAAUAAAUCAGAGAAACCACGCAUUCUUCUUCUAGAAUGUCACACCAAUUUGGUUUUUUUUUCUGCUCUUAAGAGUUCUUGAUAAAUAAAUGGUCACUUGAAUCACGUAAAAGAUAUUUUGUUCAAAUUUCAAAAAUUCGAAAUGUAGGAUUUUGAACAGCAAGAAUGAGUACUUUUCGUUUUAAAACAAGUCUUUUUCCCGACGAAAUAACCGUCUUCAUUAACCCAGUCGGGGUAGAACAGUAGGAGGUUAAACUCCAUUUCAUUUCCCGACGAAAUAAGAGCAGAAAAACAAACUGAUGUGGUCUAGGUAUGUGUUAUAGUAUAUUCGGCCAUAAUUAGUUGCGUAUUUUGUUUAUAUUCUUUUUUUCCAAACACUGUACUUUAAGACUUUGUGUGCUAUGCAAAGAUAGGAAUAGGCGUAAUUAGUUUUUUUAAAAGGUUGCACGUUUAUUUUUGGAACAGGGGCUGGACCCGAGUUUCCAAGGCCUUCUCAGACUUAGGCCUAAUAAUCUACCCAAUUUUCAAUCACUGUUCAUGAGAAAUUUGUUUGAUCCAAAAACACGAAACUUUGCACAUAAUUAUUUGUCUUUGGCGUAUUUGAUAGGCCUACGUUUAAAAAACAAAAGUUUUAUAAAGGGCGUUAAAAUAAGGCGAACAAUUUUGAAUAAAUUCUUAACUUAAGUCUGAGAAUGCUUUGUGAACUCGAGGUCUGGGCCACAAGCGCUACCCAUCUUGGACUGCGAUUUUUGAUAUGAGGUCAUAAAUUUCAAGAUGGCUUCGAUGACGUCAUAUUCAGUUCCCGGUCCAUAGUGAGGUGGUACUUUUUAUUUCAUUAUUUUAUCAUUUUAAAGGUGAUUUUACCAUCUAAAAUAUAAUGAAUUCUUCCACGAUUGUGUGUAAAUACCUCGGCAGGUCUUCAUAUUUUAUUAACAUUUAUACUGUAUAUAAAUAAACAUAUAUUACUUUC